AUGAGCGCCGCCGAACAACAGGCCGUGCCAGCCACGGCAACGGCGGAAGACACCCCCACUUCAGACACCGCCGCCGCGAGCAGCACCACCAAUGCUUCAGAGGCAACAGAAGCUCCGGCCACCACGGACACCCCGGCUCCAGCCCCGGCUGCGGCGGUGGCUCCGGUGUCUGACGAAUCCACGGCUGCAGCUCCGGCAUCUGACGAACCCCCGGCGGCUGCUGGGCCAUCAGACCCGCCCACGUCCGAAUCCGUUGCGGCUCCUGCAGCCACAGAUUCAGAAACAGCAGCCAAAACGGAGUCCGACGCUCCAGCGGCCGCCGCUGCAGCCACUGAAAUCAAUGACGACGCCGCCCCUGUAGCCACCGAAACUAAGGACGCCGUCAUCCCAGCCGGCGAACCAACCCCCAUCGAUAAGCUCUGGGCCGCCGCGAAAGCCGAAAAACACCCCGAGAUCUGGGGUGUGACGCUCGCCGACCCGGAGACCCACAUCCCCACGCGUAUCAUUCUUCAAAAGUACCUCAACGCCAAUGAUGGUGACCUAGCCAAGGCGAAGGACCAGCUGAUCAAGACGCUGCACUGGCGCUCCCAGGCGAGACCCGUGGAACUGGUCAAGAAAGCGUACCUCAGGGCCAAGUUCGAGGGGUUGGGGUAUGUGACGCAGUAUCGGCAGGAAGGGUCGACGGAGCCUACUGGUAAUGAAGUGUUUACAUGGAACAUUUAUGGGAGCGUCAAGUCGAUUGAUGAGACGUUUGGGGAUUUGCAGGACUUCUUGAACUGGCGCGUUGCCCUGAUGGAGCAAGCUCUGCAAGCACUGGACCUCAACUCAGCCACCCAGCCGAUCACAGCCGAGGAAGACCCCUACAAGAUCUUCCAGGUGCACGACUACAAGUCCAUCAGCUUCCUGCGCCAGUCACCUCAAGUCAAGACGGCCAGCGCCGAGACCAUCAAGGUGUUCGCCCAGAACUACCCGGAACUGCUCAAGGAGAAGUUCUUCGUCAACGUGCCUGCUAUCAUGGGGUUCGUGUACACGUUCAUGAAGCUGUUUGUGGCGCCCAAGACGAUCAAGAAGUUCCACCCCAUGUCGAACGGUGGCAAUCUCGCGGCUGAAUUUGGGCAGAGCAAGGUGGUGACCCUGGGGGAGAAGUUGCCGGCCAACUAUGGUGGGAAGGGGGCUGCGCUGGAGGAGCAGGGCACUGGGCCGCUGCUGGCUGACGAGGUUCAUGAGACCAGUGAACUGGAAGAACGGGCGGCUGAAAGGGAAUUGUAG